CUUUAGCUCUUUGAACUUAUCAAAAAAAUUAACUAAAACUCAUUUGCAAAGACACAGCGAGUAGUGAUUUUAAGUGACAAAAAAUGGCUGAGCUUAUAGGCGGAGCUGCUCUUGGUGCCGCUUUCGGUGAGUUGCUGAAAGUAGUUAUGGAGCAAACUGGUAAAACUGCCAGAUUCAAAUCCUACCUGAAACGCCUUCAACAAACAUUGCUAACAAUCGAGCCAGGGUUUGAGGAAACAAAGAAGUUAAGUGCACGUCUGGGUCGUACAGAGAGAGAAAUCGAAAGUUAUCUAGAGAAGGCGAAAGAACUUGUCCUCAAGUGUCCCAGGAUCCAUGUUUGGAAUGUGUACAAGAAGUUUGUCUAUGCAAAUAAGUUGAUUCGUUUGGACGACGAUCUCUUGAGGUUCUUUCAGAUAGAUGUUCCACUCAGAACGUUGAACACCAGUAUGAGGGUCGAGAAUCAGGUUAAAAUUUUGAGUCAGAAAAUGGACCGAGCAUUUUCAAUUGGUCCACUUCCAGAGGCUACCACACGUGCAGGUGGGUUUUCAGAUUCAUGUCGUGUUCCGGGGCUUCCUGAUCUCAUUAUAGGCAUGGAGCAGCAUCUUGUAGAUUUGAAGCAUAUGCUACUCAAGAAAGACACCCGCGUGUUGGUCGUAACAGCUCCUGGAGGUUGUGGGAAGACUACUUUAGCCAAGAUGCUUUGUCAUGACAAAGAAAUAAAAGAUAUAUUUGGUGAGAAUAUUCUUUAUCUUACUGUCUCGGCAUCCUCCAACCUAAAGAUCAUUGCACAAAAAAUAUUUGACCAUUUUGGAAAAACUCAGCGCACAUUUCAAAGUGAAGAAGACGCCAAGAAUCAACUUGAGAACCUGUUGCGACAAGUGGGAUCUGAUCAAAUGCUGCUGGUCCUAGAUGAUGUCUGGGAUGGAUCAGAAUCCAUUGUCCAGGAUCUUGUGUUCCAAUCAACAGGAUUAUUCAAAAUUUUGGUCACAUCCAGGUCCUCAUUUCCACGUUUUUCCAAGUAUGAGCUGAGUUUAUUGAACGAAAAAGAUGCAAAGACUCUUCUUAGCUACUCUGCAUUUCCUGAAGAUGGGAUUCCUAAUGUGCCAGAUGAUCUAGUUAACAAGAUGGUCAAAUCCUGCAAGGGACUUCCAUUGGCCCUUACUGUUGUUGGUGCCUCGCUACGUGGACAACCACGGGUUAAGUGGGAAGCCACUCUCAAGAAAUGGUCUGACGGUCAAUCCAUUAUGGAGUCCCACAAACACCUGCUGCAUCGUCUACAGACCAGUAUUGAUGCACUUGAUGAGUUCCCUGAUGUCAAGGAAUGUUUCUUGGACUUAGGCUCAUUUCCUGAAGACGAUAAGAUUGCAGAGACGGCUCUGUUGGAUAUGUGGGUGGAGUUGUAUGGUCUUGACAACGAGGGCAUGUAUGCAAGUGAAAACCUUCUUAAUCUCUCAUUGAGAAACCUUGUCAAUCUUGUUCCAAUCAGUAAAGAUGCAACAGACAUGGAAGGCUAUUGUCGCGAGCAUUAUGUCACGCAACAUGAUUUGCUUAGAGAAUUGGCCAUCCACCUGAAUGACCAAAAGCCUAUACCAGAAAGGAAACGGUUGUUUAUGGAAAUACAUAGGGAUGAUUUUCCCAAGUGGUGGAUUGAACAAACAGAACAACCCGUCAAUGCACGUAUCAUAUCUAUUUCAACAGAUGAAGAAUUCAGCUCUAGCUGGCUUGAACUAGAAGCAUUUGACGUUCAUGUAUUGAUUUUGAAUACAAGGAGUAAAAAUUAUGUCCUGCCACCAUUCAUCAAGAAAAUGAGCCAGCUAAAGGUUUUAAUUGUCACUGGCUAUGGAGUUUAUCCUACUAAGAUAGGAAAUCUUCAUUUUUUAAGUUCAUUAACCAAUCUAAGAAGAAUCAGAUUCGAGCACGUUUCAGUUUCACCUUCUGUUCAAGUCAUCUUCACAUUACCAAAUCUAAAGAAACUUACCUUUGUUACCUGUGAGAUAGGUAAUGCUCUGAAGAGUGGUGCUACUGAAUAUCCUUAUAUGCUACCAAAUCUCAUAGAUCUCGAGAUUGAUCGUUGUUAUGAUCUGAAGGAACUACCCGCAGAGCUAUGUAGGGUUGUUCCUCUCGAGAAGCUGAGCAUCACCAAUUGCCAUGAGUUGGAUGAUCUUCCUAAAGAGUUAGGGAGUAUAUCUAAUCUUCAAACCCUACGACUUCAUUGCUGCACAAAACUACAACAAUUACCUGAAUCAAUUGGAAAUCUGCAUAAAUUGAGCUUAAUUGAUAUAUCUGACUGUUUGAGUAUAAGUGCACUUCCUGAACAAAUUGGUGAGCUAACAGGCUUAAGAGUGCUUAAGAUGAGCGGUUCUCAAGGGUUACAAGAGUUGCCGGCGUCUAUGAGUAAACUGUCACAACUAGAAGAUGUGAUAUGCAAUGAAGAGACGUCAUAUUUGUGGAAGAGUAUCUUGAGCGAAAACUCCAAAGUGAAGAUAAACAUAGUUGAAGAAGACAGAUUGGAAAACUUUAUGAAAAUCUGUCAGUAGUUUAUCUUGAUUUUAUUUUUGUCAAUUAAUAUUGCAUAACUAUGGCGAUGAUACUUCAGUAGGAUUCUUUAUCAAUUUUUUGUAUAAUAGUAAGAAGAUUAUGAUUUGUAUGAUAAUGAGAAUUGUAAUUUUAGAA